AUGGCGGGCGCAUGUCAAUGUGCGAUUUGUUAUGAGCCGUGUGCUCCUGUAACCUUGCCAUGCUGCGGGAAGGAGGGGUCCACGGUGAUGUAUUGCAGGAACUGCAUGGAGAUCAUUUGUGCCCAGGGAGAUGGUAUUGGCCGAUGCCCCACGUGCCGCCAGUGUUUGAGCAUCGAUGGUGCAGGUGUGCUUUCCAUCUCUGAGAACCGCCAGCAGUGCUUGAUGUGCCGCCAAAUGCAUAUCAUCGUGGGCCGAGGUAUGUGUGAAGCCUGCAAUUUGGGAGACAGAUUUAGUUUUCGCUACGAAUGUGCAAGAUGCCAUCGCAUUCAGGAGAUUCCUCAUCCCAUGUGGCGUUACCAGAAGGGUCCCAGCGACUAUGGCACGGCCAGCUGGGCCUGUCAUCGGGGCUGUGACGCCUUUACGCACUGGCGCAUCAUUCCAGAAGAUGCCACUCAGGUUCCUGCCAUGGAAUGUCCCGAGUCCUGGGGACGGCGCGAAGAAUGGCUGGAAGACGCGACAGGGCGGCCCUGUUCAUGGCAGCCGUGGCAGCCGCAGCGGCCCAGGAGACUGCACGCAGAGCUAAAGACUGGCCGCGGUUGGGAGAAAGCUGUUGCGGUUGGGAUGGGUGCGGGUUAA